UAUCAUGGCGGACGGAUGGUGUUCAUGUACGAAUUUUCGCGUGUGUUGUGUUCUAAUAGCAUAAUUCUGUAAUAUUACUUAUUAUAGUGUUAAUUAGUGUACUCAGACUUAUUAAAUAUAAAGUUUCAAUGUUCUAGUUAUUGUUAGUGAGAUCAUAUGGUAUUUGUAUUCAAGUUUUUGUAAAACAACUAUCAAAAUGUCGUCUGGGACUUCGACUGCUGCUGAGACAUCGUUUGACGAAUUUUAUACCGAGGUCAAGGAAAUUGAGAAACGGGACUCGGUGUUGACACCGAAACAACAAAUAGACAGGCUCCUUCGCCCUGGCUCUACCUAUUUUAACCUCAACCCCUUCGAAGUGUUGCAACUAGAACCAGAAGUUUCCAUCGAUGAAAUCAAGAAGAAAUAUAGAAGAUUGUCCAUUCUUGUCCAUCCAGACAAAAAUAUGGAUGAUUCUGAACGCGCUCAACAAGCUUUUGAGAUUGUCAACAGGGCAUGGAAAACUCUGGAAAAUGAUGAGACCAGGAAGAAGUGCUUGGACAUUUACCAAGAGGCCAAGGAAAGGACUGAUCACAUGAUAGAACAGAAGCGAAAGAAAAUGAAGAAAGAUGGCCGCCUAGCUGAAGGUAUUCCUGAGGAUGAUCCGGCGAAAUUUAAACAUGCUGUUUAUGUCAUGACCAUGAAGUUAUUCGCCGAUAUGGAACGUAAGCGGCAACAUUUAGAAACUCGCGACAUGGAGGAGAGGAAACGAAAACGAGAACAAGAAAUUGAGCAAGAAGAGCAAAUGUCUCUUGAGAAGGAAUGGGCCAAGAAUUUUGAGGAAUCUCGACAAAACCGCGUGGACAGCUGGAAGACCUUCCAAUCCGGCGGCGGGAAGGAAAAGAAGAAAAAGAAAAUCAUGGGGUUCAAACCACCAAAACCUAAGCCAGAGAGCAGAUAACUCUACCUAGUUACUGUUAGCAUAGAAUAGAAUAUUGCAAUACGAUUUCAUAUGAAUGAGAUCUUGUGUUGUGCCCUAGUUUAGUAUGAUGUAAUUUAAAGAAAGAUUGUCCUAAUGAGUAUGCAUACUUUUAUUCAGGACAUUUUUAAGUGGAUAUUGACUCGGAGCAUUUUUAUAGCCUUUAUUAGGUAGGCUUGUCACCUCUAUACCAUAAAUUAUCUGUUCCAUCCGCACGGGGGUCUAAACAGGCCACUUUGAAACAAUUCAUCUGAAAAAGUAAUAUUGCUAUUUGACAUUUGUUGACAUUGCUGCAGUUAUAAUAAUAAUAAUAAUUUAUUUUAAGAUUUACAAUCCAUAGUUGUUAGUAAAGCAGUCUAAACCUAUCUUAUACAGGGCUGUUUGCGACAUCGUACCGAACACUGAUUCAAACCAUGACCCUGAGUUAAUACCAAGUGGAAUUUUACGUCUGAAUCAUCCCCCUCACUCAGUAUUCGUUACGAUGUCACAUCUGUCGCUAAAAUAUGGAACUAAAAAUAAUUUAAAAAACAAGAGAAUUCAUGAAUUUUCCAAGAGAAUAUUCCACUUUUUAUCAACUUAGAAUCAUGGUCUGAAUCAUCUUUCAAAGUUUUCGUUACAAUGUCACUAAAACCAUGUAUACGCGCAAACGUCAAAUUAGAAUAUUUAUUAUUAGAUGACAUGCCAAUUGCCACAUGGCCUUUUUAGACACCUAGUACAUCAUAAUACCCUAUUUAAAUUUUUCCAAAAAUCCGGAGCAGGAUUUCGGUGGUUUACUAAUAUUUCAGAUUAAAUCCUCAGCCUCAAUGUCAUUUUAGAUUAAAAAAUGCUCUGUCAAUAUCCUUUCAGUGAUUGUGUUAAGACACAUUUCUAGUAAGAAGUUGAUAGUUAACAUGGGAAGUACCUUUGUAAAGCUCCGUGCAAUCAUUGCUGAGUGGUCAAUUUAAUUCUAUUAUAAACCAUAGAUAGAAUUGGUUUUAAUUUUAUCGGAAUGUGAAACCGAAAGGUUUCAGAGAGAAUGCAAAUCAAUAUUUCUUGAUUAAAACGUGGAUAUUGAUUUCA